AUGGCGGAUCAUUGUAAACUCGAGGAUUAUAUUAAAGAACAGAAGAUUAAAAUUUAUGAUUUUAAAAACAUCGAAAUUGUUAGGCAAAUUAGCGGUGCAUAUGGAAUUGUGCGUAAGUCCGUUUUGUAUGAAGAAUUCGACGUUGCACUCAAAAUUAUACAAAUUGACGAAGAGGACAAAAUUAUUGAAGAAUAUGUUAGAGAAAUUUCAAUCUUACAACAAGUUAGCAAUCACCCGAAUAUAAUUGAGUUCUAUGGUAUAACUAAAGAAUGUUUAAGAAAUAUUGAACCUUCUCCUGAACGUCAAUUUUACUCUUCUCCAGAGCCUCAGAAUAAAGAUCCUGUCGAGUGUCCAAAAACAAUAUUAAUGAUAGAAUGUCCAGAAAAUAUUGAACCUCUUCCUAAACGGCAAUCUCACUCUUCUUCAGAGCCUCAGAAUGAAGAUCCUGUAGAGAAUCCAGAAACAAUGUCGAUUAUAGAGUGUCAAGAAAAUAUUGAACCUCUUCCUAAACGGCAAUCUCACUCUUCUUCAGAACCUCAGAAUGAAGAUCCUGUAGAGAAUCCAGAAACAAUGUCGAUUAUAGAGUGCCAAGAAAAUAUUGAACAGCACUCUCACUCAGAAACAUCUUCCCCCGAAUAUUCACCUCAUCCUCCUUUAGAACCUCAGUUUAUCAAUUUCCUGAAACAAUCAACGUUAGUUACCAUUGAGCAUGCAUUUGAAAUUGCAUCUCAAAUUAGCCAACCACAAUGUUAUGAUAGAAUUUCAACAAAAUUUAAAUUACUUCUCAAAAAUGCGGGAAAAUUUGAUAACAAUUGA